UCUCUCUCUCAAAAAGAUCCCUGAGAUCCCAAAGGAGGAUCCGGAGCAGUAGGUGACCAUUAGCUUACUGCAGGAGAGGAGACAAGCAAAGGAGAUACAGAUAUCCCUCCACCAUGGAUCUGGUCGAGGACUACGAUUACUAUGACAACCUAACCCUGAACUACAGCUAUGAGGACUACCACACUGUGUGUGAGAAGGCUGACGUGCGCUCCUUCGCUGGACUCUUCCUCCCUGUGGUGUACUCAGUCUGUGUGGCAGUUGGGCUAGCCGGGAACUCCCUGGUGCUAUCUGUCUACGCCUACCAUAAACGUCUGAGGAGAACCAUGAUGGACGCCUUCCUAGUCCACCUGGCCGUAGCCGACCUCCUCCUCCUCCUAACCCUGCCCUUUUGGGCUGCAGACGCGGGGCGGGGCUGGGAGCUGGGCCUGCCUCUCUGUAAGCUAGUCUCUGCCUGCUACACCAUCAACUUCACCUGCUGCAUGCUGCUGCUUGCUUGUGUUAGCAUGGACCGCUACCUAGCAUCUAUUAGAGCGGAGGGAAGGAACCAGGGAAGGCUAGGCAGGGUCUUCACCCGGGCUCACUAUGGGAAGGUCUGCCUGGGGGUGUGGGCUGUGGCUUUCCUCCUGGGUCUUCCAGACCUGCUGUUCUCCGCGGUGAGCAAGACCUCCGGGAGAAGGGUCUGUUUGGCUGUCUACCCGCCCAGUCUGGCCCAGGAGGUCAAGGCCUGCCUAGAGAUGGUGGAGGUGCUGUUGGGAUUCCUGGUGCCGCUCCUGGUGAUGACGUGGUGUUACUUUAACGUUGGGCGUGCAUUGGGGCGACUCCCAGUGGAGAGUAGGGGGAGGAGGCUGAGCGCUAUCCGGGUGUUACUGGUCGUGGUGGGGGUGUUCGUGGUCACCCAGCUGCCCUACAACGCUGUGAAGAUAUGCCGGGCGAUGGACUCUACCUACACGCUGGUGACCCACUGCGGUGUGAGUAAGGCCCUGGACCGGGCGGCGCAGGUCACUGAGAGCCUGGCUCUGACCCACUGCUGUCUCAACCCACUACUCUACGCCUUCCUAGGGUCCUCCUUUAGAAAACAUGUACUGAAAGCAGCCAAGGCAUUUGGAGGAAGGACAAGGAGAAGGGAGGAGCAAGCUGUGGAGAUGUCCUUCAACAACUCUCAUGCCGCCUCACAGGAGACAAGUGCCUUCUCCAUAUGAGAGAGUGACAGAUAGAGGGAGAGAGAGGGGGGGGGGGCAGAAAGUGUCUCACCUUGUUAUCAUAAGAUUUGAUCACUUGUGGUCCUUCUGUGGCUCAGUUGGUAGAGCAUGGCGCUUGUAACGCCAGGGUAGUGGGUUCGAUUCCCGGGACCACCCAUACGUAAAAUGUAUGCACACAUGACUGUAAGUCGCUUUGGAUAAAAGCGUUAAAUGGCAUAUAUUAUUAUUAUAUUACUUGUUUUGCAAUUAUUUGUUAAAUAUCUGCUGCUAUGGAACUAUUGAGUCAAAUCAGGGGAAGCCAGCCUGGUCCCAAUCUGCAAUGACUCCUGGGAAAGCGAGGUGUUUAUACAUUCCUUCCUUUUUAGAGCAGAACAGCAAGAUACCAGAUGUUACAGUGAAGUUCAUUUCCAUGCUUGUCAGGGCCAGUUGUAAUCUUAUGAUAUAAAGAAAAUUACAUAAGAAGUUGGAUGGCACUGCUCUUUUUGUGAAACAUUUCAAAUGAAGCAUCUCAG